GUUAUGUCCCAGGGUUGAACUCUUUUUCUGAUUUUGGGAGAGUGUAACCAAAAGAGGAUAGUUUCUUUUAAAUGGCAUUCUUGCUAAAUGAGAGGUAGGUUUUUCCCAAGAUGAGAAAUUGACGUUCUUAAAAUAGUUAAAUCUUCAGGCUCAUAUGGCUCCUAUGUUACAGAAUUGGGUUAUGGCAGAUAGAGGAAAAUUUUCCUGUGGUGGUCCUCAAGGUCCUCUCAUUUGUUAACGUGAAUUUCUUGUCUUUGGGAGAUUGCUCAAUAGCAAUAAUGGAAGUCCGGCAUUGUAUUCAAUCAUGGUUGGAAUGCUAACUGCUGCUUCUUCCUAGAUGCUUUCAUUCAUUUUCAAAUUUAAUUUUUCUCCUAUGGGCAGGAACGACUAGACCCAUUUUCACUUGUUGCUGAUGAACUAUCACUUAUUGCUAACAGGCUUCGGUCAAUGGUAGUUGCUGAAGUUCCUAAUCUUGCUUCAGCUGCUGAGUACUUCUUCAAAAUUGGCGCAGAAGGAAAGAGGUUUCGUCCCACGGUUUUACUUUUGAUGGCGACAGCUUUGAGUGUGCGUAUACCUGAACUACCUCCUGCUGGAGUUGGAGAUACCUUGCCAACUGACUUACGUACAAGUCAGCAGCGUAUAGCUGAGAUCACGGAGAUGAUCCAUGUGGCAAGCCUCCUUCAUGAUGAUGUCUUGGAUGAUGCAGAUAAAAGACGGGGUAUUUGUUCGUUAAAUGCUGUAAUGGGCAAUAAGCUGGCUGUAUUAGCAGGAGAUUUCCUGCUUUCUCGAGCUUGUGUGUCCCUAGCCUCGUUAAAAAAUACAGAGGUUGUCACCUUAAUAGCAACAGUGGUAGAGAAUCUUGUUACAGGUGAAACCAUGCAACUUACAACUGCUUCUAAACAACGUUUUAGUAUGGAUUAUUACAUGCAGAAGACAUACAAUAAGACUGCAUCCUUAAUAUCAAACAGCUGCAAGUCAAUUGCCAUUCUUGCUGGCCAUACAGCAGAAGUUGCGAUGUUGGCCUUUGAGUACGGCAAAAAUCUGGGAUUAGCAUUUCAAUUGAUAGAUGAUGUUCUUGAUUUCACAGGCACUUCAGCAUCCCUUGGAAAGGGUUCUUUAUCUGAUAUCCGACAUGGAAUCAUAACAGCUCCAAUCUUGUUUGCCAUGGAAGAAUUUCCUGAAUUGCAUGCAGUCGUUGACCAGGGAUUCAAAAACCCUGCAAAUGUUGACAUAGCCCUUGGAUUCCUUGGGAAGAGUAGUGGAAUACAAAGGACCAAGGAACUAGCUAUGAAGCAUGCUAACCUCGCUGCACAAGUGAUUGAAUCUCUACCAGAAAGUGAUGAUGCAAAUGUAAUAAGGUCACGGCAGGCACUCAUAGAUCUCACUCAAAGAGUACUUACCAGAAAUAAGUGAAAGAAGACUAUCCAGUUACACCCAUACGUUCUAUGAGCAGGGAAGGAUUUACAAUAAUAAAUCCCAAAAACCCUUUUUGGUAGCAUUAUGUAACUACCACAAGCCUAAGAAAAAUUUUAGUUUUCCCAACUGAAAUUUAGUGGCAAUUGUUUUUUAUUUUUUAAUAGGUUGUUCAUGAAUAAUUGAAACCAUUUUUUGUCUAAACUUUUACAUAGAAACUCAUUGAGAAUAAGAUUAUAUCUUUUAAUUUGGAUCUUCAA